AUGCUUUGCGCUGUGCUCAUUCAAUUGGCUUUUUUUUUGGCUGUAUUCCCUUCCAAAGUGAGUGCUUUUUAUUUCUAUGGGAACGGUGGAGAACGCAAGUGUUUCCACAAAGAAUUAUCCAAGGGUACGCUGCUGCAGGGCAGAUAUAAUGUGCAAAUUUUCGAUGAGAAGCUAGAUUCUUUUAGGGACGCGAUUCCUCAGGAGUUUGACGUUUUGGUGGAUAUCGAUGAAACUUUUGAUGACAUGCACAGGGUUUCGCACCAGAAAGGCUCACCAAGAGGCGAAAUCUCAUUUAACGCCUUGGACUCAGGAGAACACAGAAUAUGUAUUCAGCCACAGGCCACUAGAUGGCUGAAUAAAGGCAGAACCAAGGUCGAGCUCGAAUUCGAAGUUGGUGCAGACACGAAGCUAGACUCCAAGCAACGUAGUACGGUUGAAUCCCUGCAAAGUAAAAUUGAAAUUCUUAACGAGAAGGUCAUGGAGAUCAGAAGGGAGCAGAAACUUGUUAGAGAUCGUGAGGCAAAGUUCAGGAACGCCUCUGAGGCCGUCAACUCCCGUGCUAUGUGGUGGAGCAUAGUCCAACUGAUCGUGCUCGGCAUUACCUGUGCGUGGCAAAUGAGACAUUUGAGAUCUUUCUUUGUUAAGCAAAAAGUUCUGUAA